AUGGCCCCCACACCCUCCGCGACUUCAGACCGUCCAGCAGCCCCGGGAAGCCGUCGCUCGGUCUUUCUUUGGGAUGGGAGCAGUGCAUGCAAAGUCCACCGAGCGAUCCUUUCUCCGUUUCAUCCAGCUGCUUCUGAUAUCCAUCUCCGUCGCGUUUUGUUCGUCGUCUCUUUAGCAUCAACAAGUAACAACAGCGAGCCAGCCAAACGCGCGGAUAACAUCACCCACUUCGUCUUUGUACCUCGUCGGCAUCGUCGGACUACAACUCAGAAAGCACAGAUUCCGUGUGUCGCAACCCCUAUUAUCAGUUGCCCUCAGCCUCGCACGAAGUCUCACCUCCAGCACCCACAUACACCAUCAGCAAAGAUGUCGCAGACCUCCCAUCCAACCCUCAUCAACCUCCCUCCAGGCCCCUCCAACCCAGACACCCCUGAGAUUCCCGGAACCCCAACCUCCACGACCACCUCCCUCUCGGCCCUCUCCACAACAGCCAUCAAAGACGGCCACAAGGGCACCGUCCACCACCACCCUCACCCUUUAAAUCCCCGCGGCCUACCCCCCCAAUAUGACCCAUCCAACUCCUCCCUCGAAGCCGAACGCGCCGACCGCAUCUCCCGCCUCACCGGUCUGGCCCCCGCCGCUUUUUCUCGACAACAACAAUUCCGAUCCGGCCAACAACAACCUAUCCAACCCUAUACCCAAACCCAGCAAUUCCAACCCCCAACAGGUAUAGCCUACUUUGAUGCUCAAGGUCAACCCCAAAUGCAAAACAAGAUGAGCACUGUUGGGUCUGCCUCGGCAACAGAAGUGUCCCCUUCUCUGGGGGGUGGGUCAGUCAGCGGGAGGAGCAGGACUACGACGAUGAGGGGGAGGGAGGAUGGGGAUGAGGAUAUGUUGACUGAGAUGGAUAGUGCUAGUGUUGCGGGGGGGAGCGGGUAUGUGGAUGAGGAUAUGAUGAUUGAUGAGAUGGAUGAUGAUGGGUUGAGUAGGAGGAGCGCGGGGACUUACGAUGAGGAGGAUGAUGGGAGGGAGAGUUUGGUGGGCUUUGGGGAGGGGGCGGGGAGUACGGGGCAUGCCGAGUGGUGGAGGGCAAGGGGGGAUAGGGGGUUUGGAGAGGAGUAA